GGUUUUGCUACAGGUCUUAUGCUGAGCAUAUCAUUCUUUGACUUGGCCCAUAAUGCAUUGAACUCCAUUGGAUUCUUAAGGGGAAAUCUUUGGUUCUUUGCAGGUGUUGCUUUCUUUGCUCUCAUUUCAAGCUUCAUCCCAGAACCUAGUCUUUCUCCCAGUUCAGAAGUUCAGAACAAAAAGCAGAAAGGUGGGGAUGAUCGUGGAAAGAUUAUCAUGAAAAAACACCGCCGUCAAGUCCUCUUCAGUGGAAUCGUUACAGCAAUAGGCAUAAGCUUGCACAACUUUCCGGAGGGAAUGGCUGUAUUCCUUGGAUCAAUGAAGGUACCUAUCUUAGUUCAGCACUUUGUGAUUCAAUUUAAGAACAAUCUCA